AUGGGGGAUCGGAAUACAUCUCAACCUUCUGCCGCCGGCGCUCUGCUCUCCUCCGGUCAAGAUGCUGAGAUCAAUCCGCGGAUGAUGGUUUCACGCAACCAUGAGGUCCUGCAGAAAAUAUGGGAGAUCGAGAAUUCUCUACGUGAACUUUGCGAGAGAAGGGAGAUAGAGAAAUCUCCGGGGGAACUAGGCAAGAUAUCGAAGAUAGAGAAAUCUUUAGCCGCGCUUUGGGCCCAGCAAAUCCAACUGGUCGAUUUGACGAAAUCAAUGUCGGAGCAGCUUCGCUCACUACAACGCAGUCAACCUGAAAUGGCGGCGAUUCCAAAUUCCACGGUGGAUAAGGCCGUUAAUCCUUACCCAAGCUUGCCCAUGAAUCAUGCAUCAAUGACAGUAGAUCCGGGGGUAGCUAUUAGAUCUGUAUAUUUAUUUGCGUGUUUUGGGAGCGAAGAAUUAACUAGAGCAAUCUAUGAAGUGAAGUUCAAACAUGGAGGAGUCGCUCGUGAACCCCUGGUUGUUGAACUAGUUAACAGGUUCUGUGAAGGUGAUAAGAAUGAGAAUUUUGGCAUGCAGGGGGCUGUACGGAUUUUCCACCUCUCCAAUUUAUACGUCCCUACAAAGGACGGUGGAUAUAUUAUUGACACAAAGACUAUGUCAGGAUCUUCAUCUUUUCCUCCUACCCUAGGCUAUAAAUCAAAUCCUAUUUUUGUGUCUGCAUAUGACAAACUGUAUUAUCUUGCAAGUCCAUUUACCAUCCCACCAAUUAUGGAGCCCUCCUUCGAGAGAUUUGAUCCUGAUACGAACAUGUGGGAGAAAAUGCCGCCAUAUCCAUUUUAUAAUGAUUAUGACACCCACAUGAUUAUAACUGGUUAUGUGGGGGAAGUUAUAGCAUUCUCCUUGGGGCUGGACAAAGAUGAUAACGGUGGUGUUGUAUAUAACCUAAACCAACUGUUUAUAUUCCAAGGCCUGGAGGUUACGAAUCAACCGUUCGCAUUUGAUAUGUGUUGGAGUGAGUAUUUAGUUCAUUUGGGGAACAAUGACUUUUUCCAUGUCAAGACUGAAUGUUGCAAUGAAAUGGCUCCAUAUCUUCGUAUCACCACAUUUCAAAUUGUUGUUGGAGAAGGAGGAAGACAUAUGAUCAAGACCAUACAUUCAGAUGUUCAUUCUUUGGAUGUUGAGGACGUUGAAUGGUUCCAUUUUCUUUUCUGCUUCACGCUUGAGUGCGGAGAGUAUGAACCUACAGAAGAGGAGAGUGUGACUAGUAUGAAUCAACCAAAACAAGUAGAAACCAGCCUAGAUGAUAAUUGUUCUGUGGUGAAACAGAGGAGAAUGGCAAAGAAAGAAGCUAGGCGUGGAAUAGCUGCCAGGAAAAUGAUAAGAAAUUUUGAAACAGGAAGAUGGGAGGUUGGCUGCCGGGCAUCGUGA